AGUCCCCACUCCCUCACGAGCGACCGACGUAAAACCACAAUUCUGCUGCUAUCAGUCGCUGUAACAGAGAGAGAGAGAGAGAGAGAGAGGGAGAGGGAUACUAGAGAGGGAAGAGACGGAGAGAUUUCUUUCACUGUUUUGUACAAACUUUGGUCGACGAAAGCGUUGGAAAGAUGGGGGCGGGGAAGGAUACGAAGCAUGACUACGAGUCGCUGCGCGAGCUUUUCAAACCUCAUAUCGAUUCUUUCGAUUACUUCGUUGAUGCCGGGUUGGAAACCAUGCUCAUGCACAUCAAACCUGUCGAAAUUGUUGAUUCGUUCACCAAAACCAAGCUUCGAAUUUGGUUUGGUAAGUCUGAAUUAUAUCCUCCACAAAAAGAAAGAAUUUCCAAAUCAAUCCGUGAUCCUCUGUUACCAUUCGAGUGUAGGCAAGCUGGAAUUUCAUAUUCUGGUAAAUUCAUGGUGGAUGUUUGCUUCCAAUACAAUAACGGCGUCGUCGUGAGAGAGAAAUUUGGCUUUGGACAGCUCCCUAUAAUGCUAAAGUCAAAGGUUUGUCACCUGAGAGGUGCUGAUCCUCAAAAACUGGUAUCUUACAAAGAAGAAGCAACAGAAAUGGGUGGUUAUUUCAUCUUGAAUGGACUGGAGCGACUUGUUCGACUUCUAAUUAUGCCAAAGCGAAAUUAUCCAAUGAGUAUGGUGCGGAAUUCAUUUCGUGAGCGGAGGGAAGGGUAUACGGACAAAGCAGUUGUUAUAAGGUGUGUGAGAGAAGAUCAAUCAGCGGUGACAGUUAAAUUAUAUCACCUUCAGAACGGAAGUGCAAGGCUUGGAUUUUGGAUAAGAGGAAAGGAAUACUUGCUUCCUGUGGGCAUUGUUUUGAAGGCCCUCAUUGAUACUAGUGACCAUGAAAUCUAUGUUAGUUUGACAUGCCAUAGUGAGGUAAAUCAGAAGGCAAAGGGAACAGUUGGCACUCAACUUGUUGGUGAAAGAGUGAAAAUUAUUCUUGAUGAAGUCCGGGAUUUAUCUCUUUUUACACACCUUCAGUGUAUACAACAUAUUGGUGAGUACUUCCAAGCUAUCAUGGAUGGACUGGAAACUGAAUCUCAUUCAGUUGUCGGGGAAGUUGUUCUGAAGGACUACAUAUUCGUUCAUCUUGAUAACAAUCAUGACAAAUUUAAUUUGCUUAUUUUUAUGCUACAGAAGCUGUUUUCACUUGUAGAUCAGACAACUGUGCCAGAUAACCCUGAUACUCUGCAAAAUCAGGAGGUGUUGCUGCCUGGACACUUGAUUACUAUCUAUCUUAAGGAAAAGCUACAGGAUUGGCUGUUGAAAGGAAGACGGCUACUUUAUGAUGAGAUAAAGAACAAGGGAAAAAGUUCUGAAUUUCUCAGCUUGGCACAUGUGAAGAAGGUCUUGGAUAAAAAUUCUCCAAAAUCUAUUGGUUUAGCUCUCGAGAAUAUGCUGAAAACUGGAAGGCUGGUUACACAAACUGGUCUAGACUUACAACAGAAAGAAGGAAUGUCUGUUCAAGCAGAGAGGCUGAAUUUUCUCCGUUUUCUUUCACAUUUUCGAGCUGUUCAUCGAGGAGCUUCAUUUGCAGGACUUCGCACUACAAGCGUACGGAAAUUGCUUCCAGAAACUUGGGGGUUUCUUUGCCCUGUUCACACACCUGAUGGAGAGCCAUGUGGUUUGCUGAACCAUUUGACUUCUACUUGUCGAAUCACAUCCUACUUUGAUUCACAUGGAAAUGUGAAAGAUUUUUUCAAAAUUCGGAUGUCCAUCCUGAGUGUUUUAAUUGGAGUUGGAAUGAUGCCUUCUCUGCCAAAGCUUGUACGAGCUGGGCCACCUGAAGUUCUUUCUGUUCUUUUGGAUGGGCGUGUAGUUGGCUCUAUAUCUUCCACUGAGGUUGAAAAUGCUGUUGCACAUUUACGGAGGUUAAAGCUUUCAGCAUGUUCGGGGAUUCCCAAUGAUCUGGAGGUUGGGUAUGUUCCGUUGACCAUGGGUGGAGCAUAUCCUGGCUUGUACCUUUUCACAUCUCCAUCAAGGUUUGCUCGUCCAGUUAGGAACAUUUCUGUUUCUUCAGAGGAAGGCCAGGAUAUUGAACUUAUUGGGCCAUUUGAACAGGUGUACAUGGAAAUCAGAUGUGCUGAUGGUGGAAAUGGGGGGAGGAGAAGCAUUUUCCCUGCAACUCAUGAAGAGAUCCAUCCUACUGGAAUACUUAGUGUGGUAGCCAAUCUCACGCCCUGGUCUGAUCAUAAUCAAAGUCCACGUAAUAUGUACCAAUGCCAGAUGGCAAAACAAACAAUGGCUUUUUCUUCACAGUCAAUACGGUUUCGUGCAGAUCAGAAGCUGUACCAUCUUCAGACUCCCCAAACUCCAAUUGUACGAACAAGUGCAUAUACAAAGUAUAGCAUUGAUGAAUUCCCCACUGGAACUAAUGCUAUUGUUGCAGUUUUAGCAUAUUCUGGAUAUGAUAUGGAGGAUGCCAUGAUCUUGAAUAAGUCUUCUGUAGAGCGUGGCCUUUGUCAUGGCUACAUAUAUCAGACAGAAACUAUUGACUUGGCAGAUCAAAGCGGCAAGUCAGAUGAAGAUCUGAAACUGUUUGCAAGAAGUAAUGUGGACAAGUCUACACAUUCUUUGAUUGAUUCAGAUGGACUUCCAUAUGUUGGACAGAAAGUUCAUCCAGAUGAACCAUAUUGUAGCAUCUACAACACAGUUACAGGUACAACAAAAGCAACCAAACUAAAGGGUUCAGAACCCGUUAUUGUAGACUAUGUUGCUGUUGAUGUGAGAAAGCCUAAGAAGCCUAUGCAGAAGGUAAACAUCCGUUUCAGGCGUCCUAGAAAUCCAAUCAUUGGUGACAAGUUUAGCAGUAGACAUGGGCAGAAGGGUGUUUGCUCUCAAUUGUGGCCUGAUAUUGAUAUGCCAUUCUCAGGAGUAACAGGAAUGCAACCAGAUCUUAUUAUCAAUCCACAUGCAUUUCCUUCAAGAAUGACAAUUGGGAUGCUUCUAGAAUCUAUAGCCGCCAAGGGAGGAAGCUUGCAUGGAAAAUUUAUUAAUGCUACGCCCUUUGCAAGCUCAGUUGAGGAAGAUGAUAAGAAGUCAUCAUCCAAAUCAAGCUCACUUGUUGAUGAACUGGGGUCCAUGUUAACCUCUUAUGGGUUCAAUUAUCAUGGUGUAGAGGUAUUGUACAGCGGAGUUCUUGGGACAGAGCUUACCUGUGAGAUUUUCAUUGGGCCUGUUUAUUACCAGCGUCUCCGGCACAUGGUUUCCGACAAAUUUCAGGUUCGAUCUACUGGGACUUUGGAUCAGGUCACCAGACAACCCAUCAAGGGACGAAAGCGUGGUGGAGGUAUCCGUUUUGGGGAAAUGGAACGAGACUCGAUCCUUGCUCAUGGGGCUGCUUAUUUGUUGCAUGACAGGCUGCACACAUGCUCUGAUUAUCACAUUGCUGAUGUCUGCUCCCUUUGCGGUAGCAUCCUCACAACGUCCUUCAUUCAACCACAAAAGAGAGCAGUGCGGGAGUUUGGUGGACUACCUCCAGGGAGGAUUCCGAAAAAGGUUACUUGCCAUGCCUGUAAAACGAGUAAAGGGAUGGAGACUGUUGCCAUGCCCUAUGUAUUCAGGUAUUUGGCUGCAGAAUUAGCGGCAAUGAACAUAAAAUUGACACUCCAAUUAAGCAGUGGAACAGAAGCAUGAAAGUCACAGCACAUGACGAACAUAUAUGGUCGAGCCUGGAGAGCAGGGCCUUAAAGACACGCAUUAUACCUCUGAACCUCUGAACCAUGGAGUGAAGCCAACAUUAUUAUGCCAAUGGCGAUUAGUUCAUUGGCUUUGGUUGGCAAUUGCACAUUUGCACUUCAACCUGUAGCUGCAAGAAUCCUGCAACAAUCAUCGUGAUGUCAUGUAAAAUUAUUGGUUGAUCCAGAACGAUAAAAUAUAUUAUAACUACUUGUUAGAGGGCAUCUUGGAGUGAAAGCAUUCAAAUUUUGAUUAUCCUGGGGCGAAUAUGUUCAAAUUUUGGAUCUAAUUAUUGUGCUUUCUAAUUAAACCGGAAUACUUGUUGUAGUUGGCUAGUUGCGGAUGGGCAAUUCUAUAAACCUAAAUUGGUUAUUUA